UAUAUGGAGUGAAAGUUUUAAUACAUGCACUAACCCUGAGAAGGGAUAAUCACUGUCAGAUCUAAAGCUACGUACGGAGGACAGUUUGCAGCUUCUACUCUGCACUAAAGUAAGCAAGAGAAGACGGAGCACAGUUUGACAUGAAUUCAAAAGAUACAGCGUUGGGUGCAACGGAAUCAAUCGACCAAAGAGUUCUUGGCGCGGCCGCAUCAACGUUGAUGAAGGACGUCCGUACGAUGAAUAGGAGAAGAAAAAGAAUGGAAUGUAGCAGUGCAGGAAAAGGUAAUGGUGAAGUAAGACGACUUCAUAUUGUUUACUUCCUGAGUCGUAUGGGUCGCAUUGAGCAUCCUCAUCUUAUUCGAGUUCAUCAUCUCACUCGAAAUGGGGUUUAUCUGCGAGAUGUUAAAAGGUGGCUAGCAGAUGUGCGAGGUAAAGAUAUGCCGGACGCCUUUACUUGGUCCUACAAGAGGAGAUACAAGAGUGGUUACGUCUGGCAAGACUUAUUGGACGAUGAUCUUAUCACCCCAAUCUCUGACAAUGAAUAUGUUCUCAAGGGCUCUGAAACUAUUCCCUCUUCCCCAUUCGAUCCUUGUUCAUAUAUUGAAAAGAGAAGCUCUUCCAUCUUCAGAAAUGAUGAUCAAGAUCAACCUUCACCCAAAGAAGAAAUUCAAGAUUCUACAGUACUCAAUUCCCCAACCCAGACCUCGUCUGAAAUUUACCAAGACUUACCUCUCUUUGGCUCUGAGAGGUCAACUUUGACGGACGAUUCAUUACUAAAGCUAGAUGAAGAGGACAAAACCAAACAAAGAGAAACUUGCGAAAAUUAUUCUUCUUUUUAUUCAAGUCUGUUGAAUAAGAAGAAGACGAAGAACAAGACGACAAAUAACACAAACAACAACGACAUAGAAAAGAUGGGUAAACCAGGUUCAUUAUUCUCAUCGUCUAGGCCAUCCUUUGCAAAGAGCAAGAGCUACUCGAACGGAGCUUCUAAUAUGUUCCGCAAUUUGAUUAAAUGUGGUGCCGUUGAAACAAAUGACUCUGUUUUAGUCUCUGUUAAUCGGGCUGAUAAAUCUUGUUCAACGAAGUCCACCAACACCAACCAUCCCGAUACUAGAGCUGCGGCGAUUUGUCAAGUAGAAAGAAUUGGAGGGUCUGCCAGGAUUUUUGGCACUCCAUGGAAUAAUCAACAUAAUCAUGUUAUGUCAAUAGCCAUGAAGAGCUUUGAUGGGGUAAGGAGUUCAAAGAAGAAGCACAACGAAUUUGCUGGCCCAAAACCGGUGUCUGCUGCAUACAAGCCAGUGGGUGGACCGACUUGCUCGCAAUGCGGGAAAUUGUUCAAGCCAGAAAAAUUGCACACACAUAUGAAGUCCUGCAAAGGAAUGAAAGCAAUAGCAAAGACUGCUGCGGUUUCUGUUGAGAUGACACCAUCACAUUCACAGAGAUCAAUAAAUGUGAAUUUGUCAAAUGAAGAAUCAACUUCUGCCUCCCUCUUGACAAGAACUGAAUUUUGAACUGUUUAAUUUUUUAUAUUUUGUUUUUCUUCUAUAGCGUAUAUUGUUAUUGUAUGGAAAAAGUA